AUGCCUCCUGCAACGCUUGCGGUGAUUUGGCUUUCCUUGUCGAGCGUCACAUGGUCUUUUAAGCUGUUGUCGGGCGUGAAUGCCAGUGAAAUCGUCGACAGCGAGCGGGCCGUCGAGGAGGCCAAGGGUUCCAAGUAUGGUUGGCCCACGAUUGCCCUCUGGAGCCCAGCAGCGAAGCGCUUCCUGGCCAUGCGCACGGUGAACAUUGGCAUCGCCAGUGUGUCGGCCAUGGCGUCGACCCCACUCGAGAACCCCCUGGACUUGCCCGAUUGGUUCACCUUCGAGCGCUUCACCGUGGUGGAUGGGGGCAAUGGGGACCUCGCGUUCCACAACUCCCAGGGCAACCGCUUCAUCAAGAUGAAGGGUGGAGAUAUAAUGGCCAGCCCCAUCAAUGCUGCAAGGGACCUCCCGAAACAUUGGGACAAGGAGCGCUUCAAGGUCGUCGAUGCGGGGGACGGGAUGAUCGCACUCCACAGCCCCUCCAACAACCGCUUCAUCUCCAUGGAUGAGAAAGGAUCUCUCAAAAGCAGCGCCCCGAAGGGUGCAAACGACCUUCCGGCAGACUGGAAGUUGGAACGCUUCUACGCUGUGCCAGCAAAGCCUUACCUGGAGCCCGGAUCCGUCGUGGCCCUGCACAGUGGGCGCCAUAACCGUUUCAUUCGCAUGAAUGGGUUGAAGGUGGAGAGCCUUGCGCAUGGCAAGGACCUGCCCAAGGGCUGGAAGACGCCGCUCUUCACCGUCGUGGAUGCUGGCAAUGGCAUGGUGGGCUUCCACAACCAAAAAGCCAAUCGCUACAUGCGGAUGAACAAUCAUAAAAUGGAGAGCAGCCCAGAGCGGGCUGUGCAUGACAUCCCCAGUGAUUGGGGGUGGGAGCGCUUCGUCAUUGUUCCUACCGAUGCAAAGAAUGGCGUGGUUGCCCUUUGGAAUCCUGUUCACGAUCGCUUCUGGGCUCAAGAGAAGUCUAGGACAGCAGUCUAA